AUGUCCUCUCAAGAGGAAUCCCAAGCUGGGGUACCGGUGGAAGCCAGCAUUAAACCCAGUUCUCCAAUCGCUUAUGGAAAUUGCACAGUUAAUCAAACAGAUCAUAUUGCUAACGAUAACUACUCCCAGUGUUCUUCUUGUCAGGAAUUCACUACACUGUUUCCAUUCAGCUACAACAUUUUUAUUCCCGCAACGGACUCCAGCAUCCAUCAGUUUAUGAAAUUGAGGCACAAACUCACAACGACCUAUCUACGAUGCCGGUUGCGUAUGGGAGUGAACACGUUCGAUAGUGGAUGUAUAUACGGGAACGAAAGAUUGCUUCGAGUGGAGUCUCAAACUGAAGAAGAGCUCAUUCAAGCAAUUGAUCGGUUAGAUGAAGUCAUUCCUGCAUGGAAGGUUUGGCAACGCGGCAAAGUGGACUCUCAGCUCAUCCGAUGA